GAUUAGCAUUACGGUAGCAUUUUUCGACAAGGCAGCAUAUAUCGACAGAACACCGGAGCCCCCGCCAUAAAAACACGAUACAAAAGAAUCAAGUGAGCGACAAUUAAUGUUCCCCAGUAUAUAUAGGGUUGUGCGAAGCCCACCACUUCUCAUUUUGCCCACUGCGCAGGUACCCCACAUUCCUGCUAUCUACAAAUUACCAGAGAUUGGCUGAAAAGGGUGGGAGGACUGUCCUAUAAUAAACAUUAAAUAGCCCUAGUCCUCCAGCCGCUACACUACAUUAUAUUAGCUCUCGAAAAUCGAGGAGCCCCGUGAAGGAAUAACCCUCAUAAACACUUUCCCUCCAAAAAAGUGGCUGUUUGUCGCUAACAUGCAUUGCACGUGACGCUGAGCGUGCAGAAAUAUCGAAGAAAAAAAAGGAAGCGUGCCUCACGAGGCGGCCAAGGUCCGCUUUAUAUUUCUGACUUUACUGAUUUGAAACUUACCACACCAAUAAUAAAAACAAACCCCUGUGUGAUGUGGGCCGCUAAAAAUACUGAAAACGAGCCAAAUUAUAUUUUAAUAUAUUUAGUUGUAAAUAACCGUCAUGUAUAAAAUCAGACAUUCUGCGGUUAUAUAUUAAUAUAUGUAUUAUAUACUAAUACAUAAUUGACACCAUCGUAUGUAACAGUUUGAUAUGGGGGGCGGGGGCGGCGCACAAUUUAAUAAUUUAAGUAGCCUACGAUUGUCUAUUUAUUGGGGGGCGGGGGUACAUGUCCUCCCCAGUUCCCAUGCCCCUUGAAACAGUUGCGACAAAACGGACAAUAUUAAGCACAUUUAUGAUUAAGCUGUCACGUAUAGUGGACAGAUUGAAAGCAAGUGUUGAGGCUGGCUAAUCACGAAGCAUUAAGUCACAAAAGUAAAGUGCCUGCACCAUUUGUUGAUGUACUCAGCAAGUUCUUCCCAAGCUCUUAUUGUAUCCACCCCUGGAGAAAAGGCUGAAACUACUGAGGUUUAUGAAGUACAUUCUUUCUGUCUCUUUUUGGGGAAAUUGCAACACAUUUGGUUCCUUUUUAUGAAGACAAGGCUCCUCUGCCAAAUGAGUGCUGGCAGUCUGCAAGCCCCAGGCUGGCAGUUCAUCCAGUGUGAAAUGUGUGGAGAUCCUGACACUUGCACACAGCGAUGGACCUGAGCUUCCCAAUGCUUUUGGUGGCCGUAUCCUGCCUCAGGAAUGUCUGCGUGGCCAUAGAUGAGGACUGUGUGGACCUUGGUGUUAAGGUGGAGUCAGUGUUCACCAUUCCAGGGGAGGCUGCCAUGCUCACCUGUCACCUGGACAAGAAUGUCACAGAUUCUGACAUCAUCUCCUGGCAUAAGAGUAACCCAGAUGGGCAACUGAGUGUGGACAACCGGUGGGUCCAGGUCCAGAAAAACAUAAUUUGGCUUCUGAGAAGCACGUUGCAGGACAGCGGCACCUACAUGUGUAUCCUGAGAACUGCUGAUCAGUGCUUCAAACAAGCAAUGGUGCUGUCUGUGAAUGAAACUCGACCAGAGGACUGCAGUCGACCAUACCGACCAACUCAGCCACUAACCACAGUUGCCAAUGGUCUGCUGUUUUGCCCAUUGUAUUCCUACAUGGCUCACCUGACUAAGUAUUCAUUUAAGUGGUAUAAGGGCUGCGAACCCCUCCUGAACGGGGACAAAUAUUCCAAUGUGAACAGGGACAUGCUUGUGAUAAAGAAUGUGGCUCUCAGCGAUGCCGGAAACUACACCUGCAGAAUGGCAUUUACCCUGGCUGGGUCUGCAGGCUACAUCUCCGAGACAAUUUCAUGUGAAGUGAAAGAUCAGUGGAACCUGCGGCCAAUGGUGUCUGAACCGAUUAAUGAUACAAUCAAAGCAAAUCCUGGUUCCUCUUUCAGUAAGACCUGCCGGGUGUUUGUGCCUGGACAUGGCGAUCACAUGGUGGAUGUAGUCUGGGCUUUGGAUCACUUGAUCUCUUUGAACCUUUCAGACCGCGUCAACCAGAUUCCCCUGGGAAAAAGCAGAGUGGAGAAUGGGGAGUGGCUAGAAGUACUACUGAACUUUACUGAAGUGGAGAAAGAAGACUUCUACAACACAUACAGGUGUAUGGUCUUCAAUGACAAGGGACUUGUUGUUGCUAACUUCACCUUACUGCCUUCAGAACCGAACCACCUCCUCUCUGUGGGCCUGUUCUUUGGCAGUCCAGCUCUGAUCUUCAUCAUUGCCGUUGCCAUGUGGCGGAUCAUUAAAAUCGAGGUGGCCUUGUUGUUCAGGAGCUCCUUCCCAUGUCUCUACCCAGACCCAGGAUGCGACGGGAAGCUGUAUGAUGCCUACGUAGCUUACCCGAGGUCGUGUGGGGGGGCUGUCUGCGGGGGCCAGACCUGUAGAGCUGUUGAGGAAUUUGCUCUCCGAAUCCUGCCCGAGGUCCUGGAAGGAGAGUUGGGCUACAGGCUUUUUAUCAUGGGGCGGGAAAGCCUGCCGGGCGAAGCGGUGGCAGAUGUGGUCCAGCAAAACAUCGGGAAAAGCCGGCGCCUCCUCCUGCUGUAUUCUGCCUUCUCCCUUUCCCACCCGGAUGCUGCUGAGAGUUUGGAGCGGCAGCUGGCCGUCCAUGCCGCUCUCGUGGAGAGUACGGUCCCAGCCAUCCUAGUGGAACUAGGGGAGUUAGUUGACAGCACGGUCCUCCCCAAAGCCAUGCAGUACCUUCGGAGCCGACAGGGUGCAGUGCGGUGGGGAAGGAGCAGUGAGGAAGGGACCAUGGAUAGAGGACGGGCCUCUGACAGGUUCUGGAAACAUCUGCGGUACCACAUGCCACCUAGGAUCAGCCAGACAAGCCCCCCGGAAAAAAACUUCUUACUGAAGAUCUAGGUGGAUGAGGAACCAAAUGACUGAAAGCAGAGACUGGAUUGUUUUCUUGAAAUCUGAUCAUGCUCAUGUGCCAGUCAUCCUUCAUGAAGCUGUCAGCAGUGUGUGUGCUUUUAAGCCGUUGUUCAGUUACACUAGCCGAUUACUUGCGUCAAUUCACACUCAUAUAUUACAGUUUGUUUGCAGGGACAGUCAGUAAUGGGUGGUUUUUAGUGUCUUUUCAACAUAUAUACUGCAGUCGGUGAAUUGUAUUUUCAUGCCAAACAGCAUAGAAAAGCUCUGAAAUACAUUUCAUGUGGAUCUUUUUGUGGGCCUUGUUUGGGCAUUUUGCCGUCAGCUCCUGCUCCUCCCAUUUUCAUACACACUGAAGAAAGCAUGACCUUUUAGGUUGCCUGUCUUUCAAGGAGAACUUUAGCACUAAUUGAUGUGUUGAAUGAAUUAUGGAUCAUACCGUAAGUCAAUUUGUAGCAUUUUCAGUGUCUUGUUUUGUGAGUUAGUGCACAGUAAUCGAAACUGUAGUUUCUUCCAGCUCUUAUUCUUCUGGAUGUCAAGUCACUUUAUGUGUUUGGAUCGUUGUGCCAUUGGAGGAUCCAUGAUCUUUGGCCAAACCUAGUUUUCUGACACUGGGUAGCACAUCUCCCUCUACAGUCCCUCAGUAAUCCUCUGAUUUCAUGAUCCCUUUAAUACCUUCAAGGCCUCCAGUACCAGAGGCAUCAAAGCAGCCCCACAGCAUUACAGAACCUCCACCAUAUAUAACUGUAGGCAGGCUGUUAUUUUUCUUAUAAGCUUCAUUUCGUCGGCCUAAAACAAAUCGCUGGUCUUCAUUGUCCAUUGAACAUUCUCCCUGAAGGAUUGUGGUUUCACUAGGUAGGUUUUAGGUCUCUAUGUAACCUAGUGGUAUUCAUCUUGCGCUUUGCCCAUAAAGCCUUUCUUGGUUUAGUGUGUGGCAUAUGGUACGGGUUGAGACCAUCAGCCUAUGUGGCAUUUUUCUUUUUCCGUUUGAAGACUUUGCUGAUUAAUUUUAAUCCACCCACUGUGUCCUUGGAGGUUCCUGACAGUUUCAUGCAGCAAACUUCUAAGUAACAUUGCAAACUGCUGAAACAGGGAUGCCAAAGCUGCUGGAGAUGGCCUUGUACUCUUCAGCAUCCUUAUGCUUGGUGAGAAUGGCUCAGAUAGAUCUGUUUUGUUUUUACCACUGUAAAAAAGACUAACAGUGGCCCUUUUAAGCAUUAAAUUAUUAAUUGAAUAAUUCAAGUCAUGAGCACUAAAAAUUUGUCACAGGUGAGUCUAAUUUCACUGCAAUGAAAAUCUGUUUUUUUUUUCCAAAUAUUUGAAUGUUUCAGAAAGGGUGCCAAUUUUCUUGCCAUAGCAGUGUUUCUGUUUUCAUCUUUUUCCCUCCUUAUUUUUAUUGUUAUAGUUUAAUCCUGUACUCUUCUGUAUCAAACAUAUGAGUGUAUUUACACCAAACCUGUUCCACUACACAUUUCUUUCAGGAGAUAUUGUACAUGUCAUUUGGAAAAUUCAGGGGUGCCAAUAACAGUAACUGAUCCAUUUGGCAAUUUUACAGAGCGUACUGGGAUUGCCUGCCUACUCCUGAACCUGUGCUGCUGUGGCUGGGUAUUACAUGGCUAUAGUGUCAUUUGCAGUUUAUACCAAAUGUACUUGCAAAUUCACAGUAAGUUUUCUGUACCAACACUGUGUACACUGGUUUAAACAAGAAAAUACCUAGGAAAUAGAAGCAUGUUCUGUGAAAAGUAAAUAUGCAAGACCUAAUCUGUCUUUUGUGGUUUUUUUGUGCUUAAGAUAGCUAUUUCCUGAAAUAUUACUGUCACAGUUCAGAAUAAAGUAUUACCAUAUAUUUUUGCCACUA